AUGGCUCCAGGGGCCUCAAAGAAGUCGUGGGGCAGCGUGGAGGUGGCCCUGGUUGACCUCUGUGCCAUCCUGCUCUGCUGUGGGCCGAUGCUGACCUGCUGCCGCCGGGUGACCAUCUCCCCAGCAGUGUUAACUCGCCCUGAAGGUGACAAAGCCACUUUCUACUGCAAUAUCUCCAUGGAGAAUGACUCUGGUUCAGAGUACAGCCUCAAUUGGUACAAGGAGACCAACCACAGCCAAGCCCAGAAAACUGCUGAGAUCAGCCGAUACAAGACCACGACAGUGACAGAGAACUACCGGCUCAUCAACAACACUCCUGUCUUUGAGAUUGAGAUCCUGAACCUCCACCAGAAUGACUCAGGCUCCUACUACUGUGGACUGAUCACCUUCUAUGAGCCCGAUAAAGUGAUGGAGAGCAAGAGGGCCCAGCUGAUAGUCACAGCAGCCCCCCAGGUGAAUGCUACUGACGAGCCGGAGAUGGAGGAAGGCAGCCCCUCAGAGCACAUCAAGGCCAUGCUCCUGGGCAUCCUCCUGCUGGCUGGAGUGGUUGUGCUGCUGAUCUUCGGCUACCUCACCUUUACAUACAGGAGAGGAGAUGUGCAGAAACCACCGAGUGAAAACAUGCCAGUGGAAGAGAAGCCCCCCGUGGUGUUUGUAUCCACUGUGGACUAUGGUGUGCUGGAGUUUCAGCGGGACCAGCACAGCCUGGUGCCCUCCAAGACUCAGCCAGUUGAACAGACUGAAUAUGCCACCAUCAUCUUCCCUGAGGAGAAACCUGUCACACCGGAGCGUGGCAAGAAACACCGGGAGGAGAGGACUCGACAGCUGCCAUCACUGCCCUGCUGA